GGUUUAUACGUGCUCUACGUAACCUGCCAACGCUGAUGCUGCGCAUCCUGUAUCUCAUCUUUGCUGCGGCCCUCUUCCCGACUCAGAGAGCUUUCGAGUUCUAUGCCUACCACACGGGCGAGAACGAAUUGGCUGGAAAAGACCAAGCUUACUUCGAUGCUCUAUUCAGUUGCGGAGUCACAGAACUGAUAUUCGGGGGAAUCUCCGCUUCGUCAACAGGCGAAUUGCAUAAGACCUUUCCUGAUGAUGCCCACUUGCGUAUGGCACGCAAGGCGGCUGACAAGCACGGCGCCAGGAUCUCUUUCAUGCUCCAACAUAUCCCAUUCAUCAAUGCUGAGAUAGGGCCCUUCUUCACCUUCGUGAAGUCGGCUAACGAGAUGUUCAAGAACUAUUCGUUUGAUGGCAUCAACUUCGACUGGGAGUGGCCCCGCAACUACAGUGAGUGGAUCACGUAUCGAAAUCUGAUGAUCUGGACGAAGUUGUUUGUGGCAAGGGAGGGCAGGAGCGCUAAUGUUACAGUGGCCAUCGGUGGUUCAUUCGACUUCUACAAGAAGAUCGACUUAUGUAGCCAGAUCGACAUGUGCCUUUGGAUGGGAUACGACAAUCAUAAUGACCCCAGGGGACAAUCCAACAUGCUUUGGGUGGAAACGAUGGCCUUAAAAUGGUUAUACUAUGAGUCGAUGAGUCCAAGCAAAUUCGGUCUGGGGGUACCUCUCUACGGCGAGAACCGACAUGGGAAGCAGAUAAGAUAUUCUCAACUCGUGGCUGAGGGGGCCGAUCCUAAAGGCAAUGGAACCUUCAACGGGUAUUUUUUCGAUUCCCAGCCCAUACUGCAAGAUAAGAUAGUAUUCGCCAACCUCAACAAGUUGGGUGGGCUAAUGGCAUGGGUAUUGCAGUCUGACCUCCCUCCGAACGACACACGUUCCCUAUUGUAUGGUAUCAAGCAGAAGCUCAAUCCAUGAUAUGAUUCUUAAACGCAGAGUGCAGUCUAUUGUCUUGACUAUUCGCUCUGUAUAACCGAGUACCUCUCUAUCACUUCCCGCUUCUAUUUGUAGGCGAAGCUUCGAAUACUCACUAAGGCACUUCAGCAUCCAGCUGAGAGCCGUUACAUCUC